GUAUGUAUCCAAGAGACCUGAAAGCAGCAACAUGAACAGAUACCUGUAUACCAGUGUUCUUUGCAGCGCUAUUCACAAUAGCUGAAAGGUAGAAACAACCCACAUGUCUAUCAACAGAUGACUAAGGUGGGGUAUAUACAUACAUUGGAAUACUACUCAGCCAGAAAGAGAAAUGAAGUCCUGAUCCAUGCUACAAUGUGAACAAACGUUGAAAACCUUAAACGCUUAGUGAAAGGGAAGGCCUUUCUAAAUUUAACAAGAUCUAUGAAUUUGAUUAUCACCUGUAUGGCCAGAGUGUUACCAUGGUAAUGACUUCGGUUUCUGGACAUUUGCUGGCUCAUGAUUUCCAGAUGCAAUUUCGAAAAUGGCAGAGCUGUAAUCCCCUUGUCCUCUUUGAAGCAGAAAUUGAAAAAUACUGCCCAGAGAAUUUUCUGGACAUCAAGAAAACUCUGGAACGAGAGACGCAGCAGUGCCAGGCUCUGGUGAUCUGGACUGACUGUGACAGAGAAGGGGAGAAUAUUGGAUUUGAGAUCAUCCACGUAUGCAAGGCUGUGAAGCCCAGUCUGCCAGUGCUGAGGGCCCGUUUCUCCGAGAUCACCCCACGAGCCAUCAGGCUGGCCUGUGAGAACCUAACAGAGCCCGACCAGAGAGUGAGCGAUGCUGUAGACGUGAGGCAAGAGCUGGACCUGCGGAUUGGUGCUGCCUUCACAAGGUUCCAGACCCUAAGGCUUCAGAGGAUUUUCCCUGAGGUGCUGGCCGAGCAGCUGAUCAGUUACGGCAGCUGCCAGUUCCCAACGCUGGGCUUUGUGGUAGAGAGGUUCAAAGCCAUUCAGGCUUUUGUGCCAGAAACCUUCCACAGAAUUAAAGUAACUCAUGAGCACGAAGAUGGCAUUGUAGAAUUCAACUGGAAGAGGCAUCGUCUCUUUAACCACACAGCUUGUCUCGUCCUCUAUCAGCUGUGUAUGGAGGAUCCUACGGCAACCGUGGUGGAGGUUUGCUCUAAGCCGAAGAGCAAGUGGAGGCCUCAAGCCCUGGACACUGUGGAGCUCGAGAAGCUGGCUUCGCGAAAGUUGAGAAUAAAUGCAAAGGAAACCAUGAGAAUUGCCGAGAGGCUCUAUACUCAAGGGUACAUCAGCUAUCCCCGAACUGAGACAAAUAUUUUCCCCAAAGACCUGAACCUGACAGCGCUGGUGGAGCAGCAGAUCCAGGAUCCGCGCUGGGGAGCCUUUGCCCAGAGCAUUCUAGAGCGGGGCGGUCCCACCCCCCGCAACGGAAACAAGUCCGACCAAGCCCACCCUCCCAUUCACCCCACCAAACACACCAGCAAUUUACAGACCCUGUACUUUGCCAAACAUGAUGUCCUUCUCCAGGGACUGAUCCCUCCUGACAACAUGUCCGAAGGAGAUGAGCAACGACUGUAUGAGUUCAUUGUUCGCCAUUUCCUCGCUUGCUGCUCCCAGAAUGCCCAGGGGCAGGAGACUACUGUGGAGAUUGACAUUGCCCAGGAGCGCUUCCUGGCCAGCGGCCUCAUGGUUCUGGCCCGGAACUAUCUGGACGUGUAUCCCUAUGAUCACUGGAGCGACAAGAUCAUCCCUGUCUAUGAGAGAGGCUCGUCCUUCCAGCCCAGCACUGUGGAGAUGGUGGACGGAGAGACGAGCCCGCCCCAGCUGCUCACCGAAGCCGACCUCAUUGCCCUCAUGGAAAAGCAUGGCAUUGGCACUGAUGCCACCCACGCUGAGCACAUCGAGACAAUCAAAGCCCGGAUGUACGUGGGGCUUACAGCAGACAAGAGGUUUCUCCCGGGGCACCUGGGAAUGGGGCUCGUGGAAGGCUACGAUUCCAUGGGCUAUGAGAUGUCCAAGCCGGACCUCCGGGCCGAGCUGGAGGCUGAUCUGAAGCUGAUCUGUGAGGGCAAGAAGGACAAAUGUGUGGUUCUAAGGCAGCAAGUCCAGAAAUACAAGCAGGUUUUCAUUGAAGCAGUGGCUAAAGCUAAGAAGUUGGACGAGGCCUUGUCCCAGUACUUUGGGGAAGGAGCUGAGGUGCCCCAGCAAGAAGAGAUCUACCCUGCCAUGCCGGAGCCCAUCAGGAAAUGUCCGCAGUGCAACAAAGACAUGGUCCUCAAGACCAGGAAGAGUGGCGGGUUCUACCUCAGCUGUGUGGGUUUCCCAAAGUGCCGGUCAGCCAUAUGGUUUCCUGACUCUGUCCUGGAAGCCAGCAGGGAUGAGAGUGUGUGUCCAGUCUGUCAACCACAGCCUGUUUACAGGUUGAAGUUGAAGUUCAAGCCUGGCAGCAUUCCCCCGACCAUGCCACUGGAGUUCGUUGGCUGCAUCGGUGGGUGUGAUGAGACCCUCAGGGAGAUCUUGGACCUGAGAUUUCCUCAAGGGCCCCCCCGAGCUCUCCAGCCAGCCAGCCAGCCUUCAGGCUACUCGCAGGCCAGCCAGUCCCUGAACAGAAUGGACAGCAGCCAGCAGGUGCACCCCCAGCUUCCUGGCAACAGACAGACUGGACCCCCCAGGGCUCUGGCUCAGGCUCUUCCGCCACCUGCUGCCAUUGCUGAAAGCAACUCUGUGACAUGCAACUGUGGCCAGGAGGCCCUGCUGCUCACCGUGCGGAAGGAGGGCCCUAACCAGGGCCGCCAGUUCUACAAGUGCAGCAGGGGCAACUGCAGCUUCUUCCUUUGGUCUGACGGCAGCCCACCAGGCACAGCCGGGCCUCCUACCUCCACAGCGAGACCCCCUGGCACCUCCCUGGGAUACUCGUUGGGUUCGGGGAGCCACCUGGGCAGACUUGGCAGUCCAGGGGUUGGCGGUGGUGGCACCUCCUGCCUGUGCAGCCAGCCAGCCAUUACACGGACUGUGCAAAAGGACGGGCCCAACAAGGGGCGCCAGUUCCACACGUGCUCCAAGCCCAGAGAGCAGCAGUGCGGCUUCUUCCAGUGGGCCGAUGAGAAUGCAGCCCCAGGGACGUUUGGAGCCACACCCUGGCCGGGAGGCAGAGGGAAUACCCACGGACCAGAGGCCAGAAGCAAAAGACCCCGGGCCAGUUCUUCUGACACAGAGUCUACGGCAAGAAAAGUCCGGAAAUGCAGCCUUUGCCACCAGCCUGGACACACUCGACCCUUCUGUCCUCAGAAUAGAUGAGGACAGAGUCAACAGAGUGGGCCCUGCAUCGGCCCUGCCCCUUGUGUCUGAAUUGUCCAACUAGGACUGGGGACCGCUCACUGCCCUGGAAACUGGAGGAACAUGUUGGCUUGGGGAGCCUGGUCCCCCUGGUCUAGGAGUGCAUGGUCCAACUGCUCCUGGGAAGUCUGCCUCCAGUGAACAGUGGCCCUCUGUCCAGGCUCAGGAAUGACCGUUGCCCCUGCUGAGAAGUACUAGAGCGGCUGCCUUGUGGGUCUGGGACUGUUGGGUUAGCACAUAGGGGAAAAGCUGGCAGCUGAGGGUUUGGGGGAGGUAGCGCUCCCAGCUGCAGCUUCCUCUGCUGUGGAAGAGGAGGGUGGAGGCAGAAGCCUCUGUGAAAGGAACCCUCAAGGCCUCCCCCGCUGUGGAGAGCUCCCAGUGCAGGCUUGGGCAACCUGGCCCUACUCUCCCACCACCAGCCAUCCUGGAAAGAGCAGUGUAAUCCAAGGACAUGGCUCUUGUUCUGAAGUUGUAUCCUCAGAGGAGGCUUUAUUCCCUGUUCACCUAGAGGCCAUGGCAGCCAGGGCACCCCACAGUUAAAGUGCCUUAAUAAAGGAUUCGCCUGAUGGGAGUUGGUGCAAUGUCGGGAUGUGCAGGAGCCAUGGGUCCAAACACCAGCCAGUGCUGGAGAGAGCUACCGCCCUACCCCUAAACCAUUUGUCCCUCAGAGCAGAGCAGAUGCCUGGGGCAAGACUGAGACUUACCUUUCAUCCUCCACACUUCCCAGAGGUUGGUACACAUCUUACAUGCUUGCGCAAAGAUGCUGAAUAAAACAUGACCACAUUGGUCUUAUUUUGUAGCUCAGAAGACAAGGGGCAGUGAGGUGUGCAUUGCCCAGAGGACACCCCUGGCUGGUGAGGAAACGAACUGUUGUCGGGUCUUAGACCACUCAGAACAGUAGCUGGUACCCUGGCUGGGCAUCAAGGUGGAGAAUUUUUAUAGCACAGAUUCUUAGAGUUGCUGCUGGAGCUUCUGGGUCAGCAGGUGUGGGGUGUGGCCCUGCACUUGUGUUUUAUGUAUUUUAUUUUUUAAUCUCCCUUUCCCCCAGCCCCUGACAACUCCUAAUCUGCUUUCUAUCUCAAUGGAUUUGCCUGUUGUGGACAUUUCAUAUAAAUGGAAUCAUAUAUUUGUCCUUUUGUGCCUGGUUUCUCGCACUCAGCCUGUUUUCAGGGUUCUGCCACGUGGUAGUGUGUAGCAGUGCUUCAUUCCUCUUGGUAACAUUCCAUUGUGUGCAUAUACCACGUCGUGUAUCCAUUCCUCUGGUGAUGACAUUAGAAUCGUUUCACCUGUUGACUGUUGCGAGCAGUGCUGCUAUGAAUAUUCAUGUCCGAGUAUUUGAACGCCUGUUUUCAAGUUCUUUGGGGUAUAUAUGUAGGAGUGGAAUUGUUGGGUUAUAGGGUGGUGUGUUGGUUGCCAUCAAGGCAAUUCUGACUGAUGACAACCCCCAUCUGUGCAGAGUAGAAGUGCUCCAUAGAGUUUUCAAGGCUGUGACUUUGUAGAAGCAGAUCACCAAGCCUGUGUUUUGAGGCAGCUCUGGGUGGGUUUGAACUGCCAGCGUUCUGGCUAGUAGUCAAGCACUUAACCAUUUGCGCCACCCAGGGACUCUUGAUACAGUGGUUGUAUGCUCAGCCUACUGAAGAACCCCUACACUAUUUUCCAGUCCCACCUGCAGUGGGCGAGGGUUCCGGUUUCUCUGCAUCCUCCCCAGCGCUUGUUAAGAUUUUUAUUAUUAUCAUAGCCAUCCUAGUGGGUGUGAAAUGGCAUCUCACUGGGGUUUUAACUUUCAUUUUCCUGAUGACUAAUGACAUUGAGCAUCUUUUCAUGUGCUUGUUGGCCAUUUGAAUGUCCUCGUUGGUAAAAUGUCUUCAUAUCCUUUGCCCAUUUUUUAAUUGGGCUGCUUGUCUCUUUGUUGUUGAGUUAUAGGAGUUCUUUAUAUAUUCCGGAUAUAAGAGGCGUUUUCUGGUUUUUAAUCUUUCCACUGAUAAUUCCUCUUGUGCCAGGACCAAGAACUGCGGGAUCAGACUGUACCAAAAAGGUUGCAUGCUUUAGGCCAGAAAGACCUGGGCUGUGGUCUUGGCUCUCUGCUGGCCUGCUGUGCCACCUUGAGUGUGUGUUCACCUUUUAAGCCUCAGUCAGGCGUCUCAUCUGUAAUAGCGUGUUUCCAUUCAGCAUCACAUUCCAAUUGCAGUGAAAAGUCACAAAUAAAACCUAUCACAGUUUUCCAAG